CGUUGCUGGAUCCGGGGUUGUCGGUUCUGGUCCCGGUACCGCAGCCGGAUCCGGUUCGACCGGUCGUACCGGUGAAUCGUUGGAGUAUCACUGCCGCAUGCUGGAAGCAGACAACGUGCGAUGUGAGUGAUAGAUUGCUAAACGGUAGUACAUGCGUGGACACAGUUUGAACUCUAGUUUGCAGCUUGCGGUACUCUGGACGAUGCAAAUACGCAUUAUAUAAUUAUUCCGGUUAAAACAUAAGUAACGUGCUUUGUUUCCUACAAUAACAUAAUAUGUGAAUUGUUUUCUAUUCUCCAAUAUCAUAAACUAAAAAUUAUUACUCAUUUGUGACAAUUUAAAAUCAGCAUGAUUCUCCAAAAAAUACAAAAACAGAGUUAAUGCAACGUACAAUAAUUGGUUAACAAAAAGCAGUACAAAAAAUUAACUAUUGGGAGAUACUGAAUGAAUUACGGGAAGGUUUGAUGAGUUGGCAUUGCACCGGCUGGGAUCGAUUGCUGUCGUACGUACCUGUUCGCGAUCUCUACAGUCACCGACUUCCUGCGGAAAGUGCUAUGGCUUUAAUUCGAUUUCCGUCGCUGCGACAACAGUGCUUGAGAAGACGAACUUUGUCAAUUGAUAGUGUUUUUAUUUGCAACUGCAACGACAUGUGAAACGAUCGUCCUCAUGCGUUUCAAUUAUUAUGGUAAAUAGUGAAGGUGUUCUGCUUGCAUGCCAGCCAGCUGGUAAAGCCAAUUAAUUGUUUAUUGUGAUGUAUGGACGUGUUGAAAAGUAAUCAAGAAAAUUCAACCAUCGUAGCAUGAGAUAUGCCUGAAGAAAAAGUAGGUUUUUAUUGAUCCAGCUAACGUCACUACCAUCGUCUUCGGGGCAACAACAAGAAAAAUGAAUGGUGAAAUGAGAACUGUGCUCUAGGGGUGGGAAAUAUAUUGCCAAAAAAAUCAAUAAAGUAUAGUGAAAUCGAAAAGCCAAUGAACUGUGUGUGAUACACCAAAAGAUGAAAUGGGUUAAGUCGGGUGGGUCGCAAAAAGCAAUAGUGUGAUCACGCCCAUAGCCAUACUCAAUCUGAAAUAUGAGCAAGUGAAUGUGUAUAAAGAGAUGCAAAAAAAGUCGACAAGCGUCUUCGUCAAGUGUGGAGUGUCUCUUGAUUUCAGCAUUAGCGCAUUAUUUGUAUAGAAAAAAAAUCAGUGCACCGUCCAAGCGCGAAUCAGAGUUUCAAACAGUGUCUACAGUGUCUAACCGGGAAUGAGAAUGGGAAGGCUAUAGUGUUCUAGAUCAGUGGAAGUCAAAGUAACCGCCCAGUUAAUAAUAGCAGGCUGGCCGAAGGAUUCCCUGAUCUCGUCUAUGCUGUCCCAGAUCUUCGGAAAGCAGAAAGUGCCUCACAAGCUUUACGAACUACAAACCGUAAAGGAUUCGGAAACAAAACUCAAACAACAGUAUGCCGAAUCUCAGCGUCGCGAACGGAUCCUUGCACGGCGGCUCGCCGUCAAGGAACAGGAAAUGCAAGAUUUUGCCAGCCAAAUUGCCGAGCUUAAAACCGCCCAAGCACCGGGCCAGGCAGCCCUUCGUUCAGCCCUGCUCGAUCCUGCCGUUAAUAUCCUCUUUCAGAAGCUCAAGAACGAGCUGCAGCAGACGAAGGCAAAACUGGAAGAAACACAGAACGAGCUGUCGGCCUGGAAGUUUACCCCGGACUCUAAUACGGGAAAACGGUUGAUGGCCAAAUGUCGGCUGCUGUAUCAGGAGAACGAAGAACUGGGCAAGAUGACCUCCAACGGACGGUUGGCCAAGCUAGAGCAUGAACUUGGGCUGCAGAAGAAAUACAACGAAGAGGUUAAGAAAUCCCAGUUGGAGCUGGAUGAUUUCCUACAGGAGAUGGACGAAGACGUCGAGGGCAUGCAGAGUACUAUCGUGUUUCUCCAGCAGGAGCUAAAGAGCACCAAGGAGGAGAAAGAGGUUCUCGAGAAGGAGGUGCUCCAGUUGCGGUCGUACGUUAACGGUAGUGCGAUCAGCGGCUCCGGUGGGGAUGAUUCGACCCCAAUGGAAACGGAUUCGGAUCCGGCCUCCUCGCUGUACCUAGUGAAUGGAAAUAAUAAUGCAAAGUUGAAGCAAAGUUCUAGUGAACAAUCUGAAUCUUUGUUGGUGUAUCAAAAUCGGACGCACUGUAGUGGUGGCAAUAACAGCAAUCCGGGUUUACAGUUACAGAACGGUGGUGAUGAGUUAGUUAAUGAGCAAGAUCAAACGAUCGGCGGCAGCGGUGGUAAUAAUAACAGUAGACUUAGCGGUAAUAGUAACUCUAGUACUGUUAGUAAUAACAAAAAAGCAAACAACAGGACUGCUAAAACGGUUGGUGGUAAAAAACGAAAUUAUACUGAAGAGCAGGACGACGAAGGGGCGGCGGCGGGUAGUGAAGACGAGGACGAUAGUGGUCAUUACGAGGAAGGGUCUAACAAUGGUAAGAUGUUGGCUCCUCCUGAUAGUGUCGAGCCCUCGCAGAAUCACCAGCAGCAGCCACACGAAGAAGAGCAGAUCAUUGCCAGUAGCAAUAAGCGCAUGACACGGUCGGGUAAAGGUAAAGCACCACCCAAAGCGACGGUCAGUGUGAAAAAAUUACGCCGGGCUUCGGUACUUUCGGCAGAGCCGGCCGACGACGACGACGCUGCCGAGGGGUUUGCGCCAAACGGGGCGAACUGAAUUUCUUACCACCCUUAAACGAUCCACCGGGCGCCUCCACCGAGCGAGUGCGCGCGUAACGACGAGAGACUUUCGUUCUUUCCCGGGCAAUGAAUGGCGUACUGUUACUUUUUUUAGCCGGAAGCACGCUAUCCCGCGAAGAAUCGAAAAAACAGACUAGAUAUAAGAGCUUGGAUGAGUAUCCUUCUAAAGUUAUAUGAAAUAAAAAACACACUCAAACACAGAUUGAAAUUAGAGCUCUAAGAUUACCUUAUACAAUAAUAGUUAUUGUACAUUUGUGGAACCACGGCUAGCGAGCCCGACCGGCCCCGACCGAUGCGAUGCGGACAACCAAUCAUAUUGUGCCGCGCCCUGCCGUCAUCAUCUACGGUUAAGUAAGUAAAAUAGAGAACCGGAAAUAGGAAGAAAAAGAUAGUGAAACAAGUUUUUCGUGAAAAGAAAACAAAACAGUGCAAGUUAUUUUUUUGUUUCGUAAAUGAACAUUUCUUAACAUCUAAGGAAAACAUCAAAUACAACUGCAAGCCGAAAAACACAAAAACUUCAUAAAAACAAUAUGUAGUAAUUUAAAUUAUUUC